AUGAGAACGACUGGAAUGGAAAACACAUGGACGACAAUACUGUAUAAAGGCAAUAAUGGUGAUGUGUUUGAUUGUCAACUAGAACAUUAUACUCUACCUCGUCCAAAGUGGUCACUAGUAUCAUGUGAAGAGAAGAUAGUCAUGGAUAUUCAAUUUGACCCUCUACUUGAAAUAAGUUUAACUGGCGAUGUCGAUAGUUCUGGAAAUGUGAUAGAAGGUGAUUCCUUUGUUAUGACAUGCUUCGUUUUAGAGGUUAACCCGGAUGUAGAGACAUUUAUAUGGUUUAGCCCAAAUCAGCAUGUUAUCAGUAAUGAACAUAGCAUACAUUUUGAGACGCUUCCCAGGAAGUACUCUGGAAAUUACACGUGUCAGGCUAGAAACACAUUUUGGGAUGAUUCUGAAGGAGUUGGUGUCACAACGAUUUCCGUUAAUGUGCAAUACCCUCCAACUGCCAAUAUAGUAAAUCAAACUGAUGUAACAGUAAUUGAGGGAGAUACAUACAUUGCUGAGUGUUUGGUAGAUUCAAAUCCCGUUGUGGAAGGAAUAUGGAUACAUCCAGACGGUUCUUUUUCCCUUGGACCAACACUGGAUAUGAGAAACAUAUCACGAACUGAUAGUGGCACAUACACGUGUUUUGCGGAAACUGUAUUUUGGGAUGAAUCAACUGCAUCAGACAGUGAUUCUAUACAUAUUAAUGUAGAGUACCCAUCAGAAGAAAGUACUACACACGGGGGUAUCAUUGCAUUAACUAGCCAACCUGAUUGUCAGAAACUUUCGCGUCCUAAUGACUAUGAGGAUUUGCGCCUGAAUGUGAAUUCUGAUCAUGUGUAUAUGAAACAUGGUGAAGUACCAUGGGAAAUUCCCAGAGCAUCUAUUCGACUUGGAGAAGUUAUUGCAAAAGGAAUAUUUGGAAAAGUAGUAAAAGCUACGACAACGUGUAACCAAUUAGAAAAUAAGCAUUUGACUGUAGCUGUCAAAAUGUUAAAUGAUGAGCUUACUGAUGAGUACAACGCCUUAAUAAUCAAAGAGUUGGAGUUUCUGAAAUCAGUUACAUCCCAUGCACACAUUGUGACGUUGAUUGGAUGUUGUACACAAGAUGAUAUAUACUUCUUAUUUGCCUUGUUUGCCUUUUGUUGUCCCAUAUUUGUUGUCCUUGAAUAUAUGACUUUAGGAAGCCUCCUAACGUAUAUCCGUGGACAAAAGUCAAAUAUAGGAAAUACAUAUGCUAAUCUACUAGAUGGUGUGACCACUAUUUCUGAACACAAUCGUGUUGCUUUUUCCCAUCAGAUAUAUAAUGCAAUGGAAUUCAUUGAAGGAAAAGGAUGCGUUCAUCGAGACUUGGCUUCUCGCAAUGUACUACUGAAUGAAAAUCUUGUAUGUAAAUUAUCUGGAUUUGGAUUGUCAACUACAGUUCUGUGUCAAAGCGAAUAUGAACAAAAAACCAAGGGACGCUUACCUGUACCCCGCAUGGCACCAGAGUCUAUAUUUGAUGGCGUGUUUUCCACUAAGAGUGAUGUGUGGUCAUAUGGUAUCGUUUUGUGGGAGAUUGCAACAUUAGGUGAUGUACCAUAUAAAGAUAUGUCAAUGCAGGAAGUGAUCGAGUCAAUACAAGAAGGAUAUCGUAUGACAAGACCAGAUUAA